AGGAAAUUACCAAUUCAAUUCAAAGUACUUCCCAACUAAAGCUGAAGCUAAAUGGAGUCACACGCAACGAUUCUUCUGUCUCGCUAUUAUUCAGUUCCUCUAGUAUUGUCCACUAUCCAACCCACUCCUCCAUUUCUUGGUUUUCCCUCCAAAACUUCUCUUUCAUUUCCGCGCCUCAAUUUUUCCACCCCAGCAGGGGGAAGGUUGCGGCACUGUCUAACUGUUAGUGAAGGCUUGUCCUCUGCCAGUUCCUCUGGAAGCAGUGUUGAUGUUGAUGAUGGCAGUGGCGGUGGCGGCGGAAAAGAAGAGGUACUGUUGGAUGAGAGUCGAAUGGUUAGGGUGUGUGAUAAGCUUAUUGGUGUUUUCAUGGUUGACAAGCCCACACCUACCGAUUGGAGGAGGUUGCUGGCUUUUAGCAGGGAGUGGGAUAGCAUUAGGCCCCAUUUCUUCAAGCGAUGUCAGGAUAGGGCAGAUGCCGAGGCUGAUCCCACAUUGAAGGAGAGGCUGCUCCGCCUUGGAAGGAAGCUCAAAGAGAUUGAUGAGGAUGUGCAGAGACAUAAUGAUCUGCUUGAAGUGAUCAAAGGGGACCCAUCAGGAAUUACUAACAUUGUCGCCAAGCGUCGUAAAGAUUUUACAAAAGAAUUCUUUGUGCACCUUCAUACUGUAGCUGAAUCCUACUAUGACAAUGCUGAAAUGCAAAAUGAACUUGCAAAGCUUGGGAACACUUGCUUGGCUGCUGUACAAGCCUAUGAUGAUGCAACCAAAAGCAUGGAAAAGUUAAAUGAAGCAGAGUUGAAAUUCCAAGAUAUUAUCAAUUCUCCCUCACUUGAAGCUGCCUGCAGAAAAAUAGACAGUUUGGCCGAAAAAAAGGAACUUGAUUCCACAUUGGUAUUGAUGAUCACCAAAGCUUGGUCGGCUGCUAAGGAAUCAAACAUGAUGAAAGAUGAGGUAAAAGAUGUACUUUAUCAUUUAUAUAAGACUGCUGUGGGAAACCUCCAGAGACUUGUGCCAAAAGAGAUUCGAAUUAUCAAAUAUCUUAUUAGAAUUGAGGAUCCUGAGGAACAACUGUGUGCUCUCAAAGAUGCAUUUACACCUGGAGAAGAACUUGAAGGAAUCGAUGUUGAUAACUUGUACACGACACCAGAGAAACUUCACACAUGGAUAAAGACUGUGGUGGAUACUUAUCAUUUGAGCACAGAAGGUACCCUUAUUAGGGAAGCAAGGGAUAUGCUGAAUCCAGAGGUCAUCCAAAAAUUGGAGGUCCUUAAAACUGUUGUGGAAAGGAAUUUCAUGUGAAUAUGAGCUUAGCUUAAGAAUAUGGGUGCACUUGGAGCAUGAGUCCUAGAUGUCUACCAAUCUGUAAGCCCUGAAUUAAACGCAUUGAUGCAAGGAAGUGGCUAAAUUAUGGCCACUGUUCAAGGAUUUAGACAUUUUCUUUAAACAAUAGAAUCAGCUAAGCCAGGGAAAAAGCUAGACAAUUCCUGAUAAUUAUACCGUCUAAUAUAAAGUUAGGUCCUGGUUAUUUUGGUUUCAAUAAGAUGUUGAAAACUGGGUGAGAGUAGGGGAAUGUGAACUUUGCAUAUGGUAUGCCAUAUAUGAGAUAGGAAAAUGACAUAUUGCAAAUUGAGAAUUUGAAUACAGUAUUUGUAGGUGUAGUUUUUGCAGAUAAAUGUACAGCCUUUUGUAUCUAUUCCCCCCUUUAUUCCUGUGUGUUUAAUUAAAUUCAGAAAAAUGAGGAAUAAAAUACAGAUUUG